AUGACCGCCGCCGCUGCGUGCCCGGGGUUCUUCACGCAAGAGGAGACGAGGGCGACGGCAGCUGUGGCGGCGCGCAACGAGCAUCGGGAGGAUGUUGCCGACGGAAGCCAAGCCGUCAAAGAAGAAGGCGAGGAAGAAGAAGAGCCAACUCAAUCCGCCGCCAACCUGUCGAAGGGGAAGAAGAAGAGGAAGAAGGACUCGCCGCCUGCCGAACCGCGUAUCAAAUGGACGCCGAAGGAAGAGGAGUGCCUCGCCGAAGCUUGGAUGACCGUGUCCACGAACGGCAUAAUCGGGGCCAAUCAGUCGUUCGACACAUAUUGGCUUCGAGUGAAGCAGGCGUACGAGGAGCGCAAACUCGUCGAUCCCUACUUCAAGAAGACGAACAUGAACGUGUUCCGGGGAGACAAGGCAAUGGCCACCCAUUGGGGGCUCAUGCAGACGGCGUGCAGCAAAUGGCACGGCAUACAGGAGGAGUGCGAGAAACGGCCGAUCAGCGGCCACGACUUGGAGCAAAAGCUGCGCCGAGCUUUGGACAUGUACACGGACGACACCGGCCUGCAGUUUAAGUUCCUCAACGUCUACGCCCGCCUCGAGAACUGCGAGAAGUGGAAGGAAGUCCGCACGACCCUCUCGAAGAGCAAGACCGAGCAGUACAACCCCGACGCUCCGGCGGCAAGCGCGGCGGAAGGGCGCCCUGAACUCGGCCAGAAGAAGCUCAAAGAGCUCAAAAAGACGGGCAAUCCCGCCGACAGGAUGCAGGCGUCGAUCGACAAGUGCUGGGCCGACUUGAGGACGCACGCCGACGGGAGGAACGACAAGUUCGACGGCAGGUGGCGGGAGAUGCUCGCCAACCAAGGCGUCCGGAUCGCCCUGCUGAAGACGACGGCGGCGGCGAAGAAGAGGAACACAGACUUGGCGUUCCUCAUGGGCGGCGGCGACAUGGAACUGAUGGACGAGGAGACGAGGAAUUGGUACCAGGGCCACCGCAACGACAUCCUCCGAGCCACUCCGGCCAGUCCUUCGUCGUCUCCGCCGGCUCCUACCUCGUCUGCCUCACCAUCUACCUCGUCGACUGCGGCUGCUUCGACGUCCACUGCCGCUGGUUCAUCAUCCGCCGCCGCAGCCGCUUCGGCCACGACGACGCCAUCCUCUGUCGGACUGAUGCCUGAUGUCGAUAAGGAGGAGGAGACGAUAGUGGUUAAGUUCUUGUUGGCCUCAUUCGAAGCCAAUGCCACCCUGAAGACGGCGUACAAGGUGGUUGAGAUGCAAGCCAUGGAUAUCCCUUUUACCCACGCCAAAGGGCCAAGGGUCAAGGGUAGAAGGCGGCGGCUGAGGAGGAGAAGAAGGAUGACGAUGAUUUUGACUUCUCCUCCUACUUGGAGCAAGCAUGCCUUAUCUGAGGCACUUGUAAUUCUUGUUUAG